AUGUCUACUAACUCAAUGAAAGAGCGAAUGUUAAAUGCGAACACCAUCACUUGCUUACUUUACUUGGUAAGUCUGUGUUCCGGUAUUUCCUAUACGGUUGUUCCCGGUGAGAAGUACCUUAGUCCCGUUGUCAAGAUGUUUGAGACCAUAGGACAACAGCAGUGUGUCCGGGAAUGUAGACACAGGCCCAAGCUAUGUCGGGGAGUCAACUACCGGAAACAAGAACUGCUUUGUGAACUCGUGUCGGCCAUCAACGAAACGGAACCAAAACCUGACUACGUUAGGAUUGAACUCGGUCAGGUUUUCCAAAGGCGACACGAUGGAUCCGAGGAUUUCAACCGAACAUGGAUAGAAUAUAAGAAUGGUUUUGGAAAUGUAUCAUCUGAGUUUUGGCUUGGUAACGACAAAAUCCACAAGCUUCUAACUCAGGGGACGUAUGAAAUGCGAAUGGAUAUGAAAGACUUCUCUAACGAAGAACAUCAUGUCAAGUACAGCAGUUUUUACGUUGGGAACGAAUUCACCAAUUACACAGUGACCUUAUCGGGGUUCUCGGGGGAUGUUGAUGACUGUUUCACAGGUAAUGUAAUGCCAAUAGACACCAUGAUGUUUACGACACGGGAUCAGGACAAUGACGUAGCCGGCGAUAACUGUGCGGAACUCUACGUGUCGGGAUGGUGGCACAAACACUGCAACUGUGCCAACCCUAAUGGUCUCUACCUGUCCGGGGAGACAGCUAUAUACGGACAACAGCAGUGUGUCCGGGAAUGUAGACACAGGCCCAAGCUAUGUCGGGGAGUCAACUACCGGAAACAAGAACUGCUUUGUGAACUUGUGUCAGCCAUCAACGAAACAGAACCAAAAUCUGACUACGUUAGGAUUGAACUCGGUCAGGAAACUGUUAACCCUGAAUGCCUGUCUUGUUCCAUUGAUGAGCUCUGUGUUAUGUUAUCCAGUCAAAAAUGCCAUUGUAUCAAAGAGGGUAAUGCAGCGACAGGUCCAAAAGACUGCACCGAUAUAUACAACUCUAACACCCAAUCCCCGAGUGGUCAGUAUCAAGUAUGGCUGCCAAUCUUAGGCAACGUGACAGUUUUCUGUGAUAUGGCGACAGAUGGCGGUGGAUGGACGGUAGUUUUCCAAAGGCGACACGAUGGAUCCGAGGAUUUCAACCGAACAUGGAUAGAAUAUAAGAAUGGUUUUGGAAAUGUAUUAUCUGAGUUUUGGCUUGGUAACGACAAAAUCCACAAGCUUCUAACUCAGGGGACGUAUGAAAUGCGAAUGGAUAUGAAAGACUUCUCUAACGAAGAACAUCAUGUCAAGUACAGCAGUUUUUACGUUGGGAACGAAUUCACCAAUUACACAGUGACCUUAUCGGGGUUCUCGGGGGAUGUUGGUAAUGUAAUGCCAAUAGACACCAUGAUGUUUACGACACGGGAUCAGGACAAUGACGUAGCCGGCGAUAACUGUGCGGAACUAUACGUGUCGGGAUGGUGGCACAAACACUGCAACUGUGCCAACCCAAAUGGUCUCUACCUGUCCGGGGAGACAGCUAUAUACGGUAAAGGGAUAACAUAUAGACCGUGGCUAGGGGCAUUCUAUUCAUUGAGGUUUACCGAGUUAAAGGUCAGACGGGUGGUCUGA